AUGCCCCCAUGGCUCGAGCGACCGCCGCUGUUCAACAAGCGGUUGUCAUCCCUGUGCAAGAAAGAACUACAGAGCCUGGCGUCACACCUGGGGCUCGACCAAGACGGCACGGUUGCUGCUCUCAAGGCCAGAGCACGGCAAACCCUUCUAGGCGACAUCAGAUUCUACAUGCAGCACCCCGACUACAGAGCCCUGUUUACGAGACAGGAACUCGCCGACAUAAUCGAAGAGGCAUCGAACUCUUCGGGCUCCCCAUUCCACGGCAUCACACAGGGGGCGGAAGCGGCUCGGGACGAGAACCAACCAGAUGAAGGGGAUGAGCAGGUGGAUCCGGAGCAGGAGAAUCGGGUCCGGGAUGAGUCUUCAAGUCGAGAGGAGGAAGACGACGAGGAGGAUGCUCAGCCCCCUCCACCGUCAGACGACUUGGGUGAGCGACCGCUUCCUCCACUAGUCGAGGGCAUAUGCCCAUCCUUCGCCGACUCGUAG